AUGGCCCCCGCAAACAAAAGGAAAGCCUCUUCCAAACCCCAGUUCUGGGUUACCGAAGAGUAUCGAGAGGACAAGACCAAGGGAAACAUGCUCCGAUUCGAAGAUUCUCUACCUCGACUGCCAGUUCCCUCCCUCGAAGAAACGUCCGCCCGCUACCUCAAGAGCCUUCACCCGCUCCUGACCAAAGAAGAAUAUGCUACCUCAGAAAAAGCAGUAGCAGCUUUUAGCAAACCCGGAAGUUUGGGACUGAAACUACAAGAGAGGUUACUAGCAAGGGCAAAUGAUCCCAAAGUUAAGAAUUGGAUUAUAGACUGGUGGAAUGAGGCGGCGUAUCUCGGAUACCGUGAUCCUGUCGUCCCCUACGUUUCCUACUUCUAUUCCUUCCGCGAUGACCGACGCCGAAGAAACCCGGCCAAACGCGCAGCGGCGAUCACGACUGCUGCCCUGGAAUUCAAGCGACAAGUUGAUGAGUGCAGCCUGGAACCCGAGUACAUGCGCAAGAAGCCCAUGGCCAUGAGCAGCUACAAAUACAUGUUCAAUACCUCCCGAGUAGCGGCCAUACCCUCUGACUACCCCAUCCAAUACCCUGCACAAGGCAAUGAGCACAUCAUUGUGAUGCGAAACAACCAAUUUUUCAAAGUUCAAACUCACAUCGCUGGCCAACAACUAAACACUUCGGAACUGGAAACACAGUUUACCAAUGUAUACAGGAGCGCUCAAAUGGCCGAUCCUAUCGGUUCCAUCACCUCUUUCCCUCGCGAUCAAGGUGCCAAAGCACGCGAAAACCUCCUGGCAGCAUCUCCACUGAAUGCCGCCAUUCUCAAAGAAAUCGAGUCCUCUUCGUUUGUGGUCUGCCUCGACUCCAGCACCCCGGUCACCCUGGAAGAACGGGCCCACGUCUACUGGCACGGCGACGGAGCCAACAGAUGGUAUGACAAGCCUCUUCAAUUUAUCAUCAACGACAAUGGUACGGCAGGAUUCAUGGGCGAACAUAGUAUGAUGGACGGUACCCCCACCCACCGCCUCUGCGACACCGUGAACGCCCUCAUCGUGCACAACAAACUUGACUUCGACAAUCCAAGCGUCCGAUCUGACCUCCCCGACCCUGUCCCUUUGAAAUUCGAGACUUCUGCUGCCGUUCUCGAUGACGUGGCCACCGCUCAAGCCCAAUUCCGGCAAGUCAUCGCUUCUCACGAUCUACGCGUCCAAGCAUACCAAGGCUACGGCAAAGGCCUGAUUAAGAAAUUCAAGUGCUCGCCUGACGCAUAUGUUCAAAUGGUUAUUCAACUGGCGUAUCACAAAAUGUAUGGCAAGAAUCGACCCACCUACGAAUCAGCAGCGACAAGAAAAUAUCAACUCGGUCGGACGGAGACAACACGCACGGUAUCGGACGAGUCCGUGGCAUUUUGCCAUGCCAUGGCCGAUGCCUCCGUGUCGCGAGCGGAAUGUGAACGUCUUUUCCGCGAUGCCGUCAAAGCGCACGUGCAAUAUACCGCCGAUGCCGGCGACGGAUAUGGCGUCGACAGACAUCUCUUCGGUCUCAAGAAACUCAUCCAAGAAGGCGAGGAAGUGCCAGAGCUUUUCAAAGAUCCUGCCUACGCUUAUUCGAGUACCUGGUAUAUCAGCACCAGCCAGUUAAGUUCAGAAUACUUUAACGGCUAUGGGUGGAGUCAGGUCGUUGAUCAGGGAUGGGGUAUCGCUUAUAUGAUCAAUGAAAACAGUAUACAAUUCAACGUGGUCUCGAAGAAGCUCGGCUGCGAGAGAAUGAGCUUCUACCUCAACGAAGCAGCCAACGAUAUUCGUGACAUGCUACUUCCUUCGCUUGAGCCGCCGAAGGCCAAGUUGUAA